AUGAAUUAUUCUAUUUUUGAAAAAAUAACGUUCGAGUCUCGUGCUUGGCUAUCCCAGUAUUGUGCCGCUACACGUCCCACUAGCAUUCCUUUCGAGCUGCAGGUGAUCCUCAGCCCCAGGCAGCAACACCACCGUCGACGCCGGGAAUUCACCGCUCAAGCUGACUAUAUAAACUUUGCUUUCCGUUAUCAUCAAUACAUCACCUCGAGCUUUCAAUAUUUCGACCAGAUGAACACUGCUAUUUUUUUGUCUCUUGCCCUGCUUGGCUCCGUACGAGCACAACAGGCCGGAACGGCCACCGCCGAAACCCACCCUUCGCUACCCUGGCAGAAAUGCACCAAGUCCGGCGGUUGCGUCACGCAGUCCUCAGGCAAAAUCGUCCUCGAUUCCAACUGGCGCUGGGUUCAUACGACUAGCGGCUACACCAACUGUUAUACCGGUAACACCUGGGACUCGACACUUUGCCCCGACCCUACAACCUGUGCCUCAAACUGCGCUCUUGACGGUGCGGACUACAGCGGUACCUAUGGCAUUACGACCAACGGCAACGCUCUCACUCUCAAAUUUGUUACCAAGACGUCGACGACCAAUGUUGGCUCGCGCGUCUACCUUCUCGCGGACGACUCCAACUACCAGAUGUUCAAACUCAAGAACCAAGAAUUCACAUUCGACGCCGAUGUCUCUAAUCUUCCCUGUGGGCUCAACGGCGCGUUGUAUUUUUCCGAAAUGUCUGCCGAUGGCGGUAUGUCCGAGUAUCCGGGUAACAAGGCGGGCGCAAAGUACGGAACCGGCUAUUGCGACGCGCAGUGCCCCAAGGACAUCAAGUUUAUCAACGGAGAGGGGAACGUUCUCGACUGGACUCCUUCCAAUGAUGUCAACGCCGGAACGGGUCGGUACGGCACCUGCUGCAAUGAGAUGGACGUUUGGGAGGCCAACGCAGUUUCAACCGCAUAUACCCCCCACCCAUGCACCGUAACCGGCCAAACCCGCUGCUCAGGAACCGACUGCUCAUCUGGGUAUUGCGAUCCCGCUGGGUGUGAUUUCAACUCUUACCGUAUGGGGGUCAAUAACUUCUACGGCCAAGGCUCCGGUUACAGCGUAGAUACUACCAAGAAGAUAACCGUAGUCACUCAGUUUAUCACCACCGACGGAACUGCUACCGGCGCCCUCUCCGAGAUCCGUCGCUUGUACGUCCAGGAUGGCAAAGUUAUUCAGAACUCCAAGACCAACAUUUCCGGAAUGUCCGCCUAUGAUUCUAUCACUGAAGCGUUCUGCACCGCGCAGAAGACCGCGUUUAGUGAUACCAAUAUAUUUGCUUCUAAAGGUGGCUACACGAAUAUGGGCAAGGCUUUCGAUAAUGGAAUGGUUCUGGUUAUGUCCAUCUGGGAUGAUCAUGCGGCCAACAUGUUGUGGCUUGAUAGCAAUUACCCUGUUGGUUCCGAUGCUUCCAAGCCUGGUGUUGCCCGCGGCACAUGUGCGACUACGUCGGGCGUUCCUUCGGAUGUCGAGGCUAACAGCCCCAACGCAUCAGUCACGUUCUCGAAUAUCAGGUUUGGUGAUAUUGACUCGACCUAUAGCGGAAGCGCUACCACAACUACUGUUUCAACAGGAACCACGUCAACCACAUCCGCUCCUCCUUCAACAACUUCUGCUACUUCAAGCGGAGCCGCACAUUACGCCCAGUGCGGAGGCAUUGGCUGGACCGGUGCGACUACAUGCGCAUCUCCAUAUACGUGCACUGCUGUCAACUCGUACUACUAUCAAUGCUUGUAA